AUGUUCACCGGCAGGGUAGACCAACUCUCCACAGUCACGCCUCCACUUGCCCCCAGAGGGCGCAGCGUCACCCGAAGCUCCGCCCAAAGCGAGGCGGGGCCUGAUCAUUCUGUACGCAGGCGCAGAGUGAGCCUUGGGCGCUCGCAGCUGCUCAUUGGUUCCUCUGUCCGCCGGAAUGGCGUGCGCAGGCGCAGGACCGGCUUCGGGCGCGUGAGCGGUCCUGGGGACCGGAAGUUGAGGCGAUCUCGGCGGUUAGAGAGGGCCUGCAGUCCCAGGAUGAACUUGUGUCCAUUCCAGAGGUCACCACAGGAGUCGUGA